AGUUCUCUGCACGGUAAAAUUUCUUAUGGAAGUUUCGUACCUGGAAAAUUAAUUUUGUUAAUAAUUUUUUUAUGGAUUACCUCAUAGUAAGCAAUCGGCGUCGCCCAUGGACACCUGGAACACCAAAAGCGUUACAAGUGCGUUACCGGCCUUUUGGGGAUUAGGAGUUUGAGGAUCGUUGGGGAUUCGGGAAUUGGGGAAGGGGAGGGUAAUUGGGCCUCCGGUAACCUCACUCACACGACGAAACACAACGCAAGCGUUGCUUCACGUCGGUUUUCUGUGGGGCCGUGGUAUCACUCCGGUCGAGCCGGCCCAUUCGUGCCGCAGCAUGGCUCUCCCACACCUAA